AGCCGGAGACAAGAGCAGAGGCCGGAGUCGGGAUCUGACAAGAUGGCCGGGCUGCCCCGCAGGAUCAUUAAGGAAACCCAGCGUUUGCUGGCAGAACCAGUUCCUGACAUCAAAGCAGAACCAGAUGAAAGCAACGCCCGUUAUUUUCAUGUGGUCAUUGGUGGCCCCCAGGAUUCCCCCUUUGAGGGAGGGACUUUUAAACUUGAACUAUUCCUUCCAGAAGAAUACCCAAUGGCAGCACCUAAAGUACGUUUCAUGACCAAAAUUUAUCAUCCUAAUGUAGACAAGUUGGGAAGAAUAUGUUUAGAUAUUUUGAAAGAUAAGUGGUCCCCAGCACUGCAGAUCCGCACAGUUCUGCUAUCGAUCCAGGCUCUGUUAAGUGCUCCUAAUCCAGAUGAUCCGUUAGCAAAUGAUGUAGCGGAGCAGUGGAAGACCAACGAAGCCCAAGCCAUAGAAACAGCAAGAGCAUGGACUAGGCUAUAUGCCAUGAACAAUAUUUAAGUCGAUCUGGUCAUCAAGUGUGCAUCACUUCUCCUGUUCUGCCAAGACUUCCUCCUCUUGUUUUUUGUUUGCAUAUAAUGGACACAGUCUUAGAAACAAACAUUACAGAAUAAAGCCCAGGCAUCUUCA